AUGGUUAGCAUACAGAGGAUCGCGGAGCAAAACAAUCUAGUUUCCAAAAUCGAAUACUGGCGUUACUCACAACUGAAAGCCUCACGGAAAUUUUAUAUAUCAAGGCAACAGAGCCUUCUCAACCUAGAGGGCAAGAUAAACAAAACAUUUACUUGUCUCUCCAAUAAGACAUUGGAAGCGGCUGUUAAGGAAGUCCAGAAUCUCUCUGUCUCCUUAGUGAAGAUGCGGAAGGAGGGCGAAACACAGUUAGACGAGGAAUAUCGAAUCCUACGACAGGGCGUGAACUUCAUCCAGGAGAAGGCAGCUACUUGUGAAGGGCCGGUUGGCUCCAUUCUUUAUCUUUUCACAACGGCCAAAAAGACCAGGACAGAGGGUGUUCAUGCGUUGUUAGUUGCGCACCAGCACCUUACCCAGGUGGUGGAUUAUAUUCGUUCACUGAGAACAUUCAUAGGGGGAGAAAUCCAACGUCUUGAGCAGCCUCUUCAAGAUCUCGAGCUACCUAAGAUACCAAGACCUCAUAUUCACCAGCUCUACUUUCUAUGUGCUGAGAAGGAAGAUUGGGCAACAGAGUUUAAGUGUAUCGAGAACUCAACCGACUAUUACCUGGCUAUGCACAACCACCUACAAAACAUUCCCUAUUUCAAAGAUAACGGCCUUCCGGAGGGUAUAGUGGAAAAACAGUACAAAUACCUGGCUGCCAAUAUCCAGAGUAUAUCAGCAAAUACACCGAUACAGCCAGCCGGUCUAAAAGACGAACGUUUUUCCGCCAUACAAAAUCUCCUGAUAAUCCGUGCUGGGAUUGGGUGGUUCGCGGCUUUACCAAAGGUGACAGGACAUCUUCGGUUAAUGAUGAAGCCUGAUACUUUUCUGACAAUUCAACGAUCACUUCUAUAUAAAUAUGUUGAUACAGAGGUGAUCGGCGACCAUGUUGAUAAGCUCAUCCUACUUUUGGAGCCUCCUAAGGAAAGAGAGUGGUUAAAUAAGGAUCUGGGUAACGGCAGACCGGCUUGCGGGACGAAAAGGCUGAGCCCAUGCCCGGCGGGUGACGAGAGGCCUGCAAAGAAGUAA